CAGCGCGAGCCGACUGUUCGUUCUCUCAACUAUGGUUCCCUUUUCAGACCCGAGCUCAUUUUCGUCUCCUUCUAAAUGCUCUACCAAGCAUUUAAAUCUAAUUUACCAUGUCGAUUUUGACAGGCAUGUGCUCAAAGGGAAGGUCGCCCUGACUGUGGAAGUUCUGGAAGAUAAAUUCUCUUCACUGACUCUGGACUCCAAGGACCUAAAAAUCUUCAAGGUUUCUGCAAAUGGCCAGGCGGCUAAGUUUGCUUUGGGGGCUCAGCACAAAUUUAAGGGAACCCCUCUGGAGAUCACUCUGCCUUUUCAGCUCUCACGUGGGCAGCAUGUGAUUGUGGAGAUUGAACUCGAAACUUCACCUAGAGCCACAGCACUACAGUGGCUGACUCCCACGCAGACUGCUGGAAAGAAACAUCCCUACCUUUUCAGCCAGUGCCAGGCCACUCACUGUAGGACCAUGGUGCCCUGUCAGGACACUCCAUCAGUGAAGCACACUUACUAUGCGCAGGUGUCUGUCCCCAGAGAGCUGGUGGCGUUAAUGAGUGCAUUGCGUGAUGGUCAGGAGCCAGAUCCAGAUGACAGCAGCAGAGUUAUAUAUCGUUUCAGACAGCUGGUUCCCAUGCCCUCUUACUUGAUCGCCAUAGUAGUUGGUGCUUUGGAGAGCAGAGAAAUUGGCCCGCGGUCCAGAGUUUGGUCUGAGAAGGAGUAUGUGGAUGAGGCAGCCUUUGAGUUCUCAGAGACUGAAACCAUGUUGAAGACGGCUGAGAGUCUGGCCGGGCCUUACGUGUGGGGCCAGUAUGAUUUACUGGUGCUGCCUCCAUCUUUUCCAUAUGGAGGAAUGGAGAACCCCUGCCUCACAUUUGUCACCCCAACCAUCCUGGCUGGAGACCGAUCACUCGCUGGUGUAAUCGCUCAUGAGAUUUCUCACAGUUGGACGGGAAACCUGGUGACCAAUAAGACCUGGGAGCAUUUCUGGUUGAAUGAGGGUCAUACGGUGUAUAUUGAGAGAAUGAUUGCCAGGUGCAUGGAGAGUGAACAACUCCGGCAGUUUAAAGGCAUAGGAGGAUGGAAAGAACUUCAGGAAUCUGUGAAACAGUUUGGAGCAAAUAAUGUCCUCACGAACCUCGUCCCAAACCUGCAUGAGGUGGACACGGAUGAGGCCUUCUCAUCUGUGCCCUACGAGAAGGGAUUCGCUCUGCUGUAUCAUCUCGAGGAACUUAUGGGAGGUCCAGAGGUCUUCAUGGGAUUCGUAAAGUCCUACAUUCAGCUGUUUGCCUAUGGCAGCACAACCACAGAAGAAUGGAAGAACUAUCUGUUCACAUACUUUAAAGAUAAAGUGGACAUCUUGAACAAAGUGGACUGGAAUGCAUGGAUGCACACUCCAGGAAUGCCUCCAGUCAAGCCACAGUAUGACACCACUAUGGCUGACGCUUGCACUUCUCUGUGUCAGAGAUGGGUAAAGGCAAAAGGAGGAGAUCUUGCAAGUUUCAGUGAGGCAGAUGUGAAGAAGUUAAACUCUCAUCAGCUUAUCGAGUUCAUGGCUUUACUACUGCAAGAGGAACCCCUUUCUCUGUCCCACAUGAAGAGGAUGCAAGAAGUAUACCAGCUAAACAGUGUUAAAAAUGCAGAGGUCCGCUUCAGGUGGUUACGCUUGUGUGUCAGGGCACAUUGGGAGGAAGCGGUUUCCCUGGCACUGAAGAUGGCUACUGAACAGGGCAGGAUGAAAUUCACCCGUCCCCUCUUUAAGGAAGUUUACAACUUCCCAAAGUACAGUGAUGAGGCACUGAAAACUUUUAAGGAGCACCGUGGAGCACUGCACCCAGUCACAGCAAUGCUGGUGGCCAAGGAUCUGAAAGUCGAUAGUUAAUACAUUGGAUUCUGACCAUCUCAAAUUCCAGCAGUAUUCAAUGUGCAAAAUUGGCCUUCAAAUAUUAUAACUAGGUAAAUGUGCAUAACCGUUUUCUCCUGAUUAUUCAAAUCCUGCACACACAUAUGUAUCUUGAUGUUUCAGUCUCAGGGUUUUUAAAGGAAAGUGAGGAAUAUUACAUUUUUCACUUUUAAAAUUUCCAGUUGUUGAGUGUAAAAUAAAUAAAUAAAAGAGCAUACCUUAGUAUGAAUGAUCUCCUAUGUAAUACUCUGA